CCUCUUCGCACCGAGACCGCGCCCCGCGCGCCCCGGGACCCCUGCUCCCCUCCCCGCUCCCGGGCCACAUGGACCGUCCCGCAGGCCGCUGAUGCUGCCCGCAGCGUGGUGGCUCGGACCGCAGUUUCCCCGGAGAGCUCUCAUGGUACCAAGGGACAGGUUGGCCUUCCUGUGACACCGGGACGCCAGAUCUGAGAAGAUGUCAGCAAUACAGGCCGCCUGGCCAUCUGGUACAGAAUGUAUUGCCAAGUACAACUUCCAUGGCACUGCUGAGCAGGACCUUCCCUUCUGUAAGGGAGAUGUGCUUACCAUUGUGGCCGUCACCAAGGACCCCAACUGGUACAAAGCCAAGAACAAGGUGGGCCGUGAGGGCAUCAUUCCAGCCAACUAUGUCCAAAAGCGGGAGGGCGUGAAGGUCGGCACCAAACUUAGCCUCAUGCCUUGGUUCCAUGGCAAGAUCACACGGGAGCAGGCAGAACGGCUUCUCUGCCCACCAGAGACGGGCCUGUUCCUAGUGCGGGAGAGCACCAACUACCCUGGUGACUACACGCUGUGUGUGAGCUGUGAUGGCAAGGUGGAGCACUACCGUAUCAUGUACCACGCUAGCAAGCUCAGCAUUGAUGAGGAGGUGUACUUCGAGAACCUCAUGCAGCUGGUGGAGCACUAUACCUCAGAUGCAGAUGGACUCUGCACUCGGCUCAUCAAGCCAAAGGUCAUGGAGGGCACAGUGGCAGCCCAGGAUGAGUUCUUCCGCAGUGGCUGGGCGCUGAAUAUGAAGGACCUGAAGCUGCUGCAGACCAUUGGGAAGGGGGAGUUUGGAGAUGUGAUGCUGGGCGAUUACCGAGGGAACAAAGUCGCUGUCAAAUGCAUUAAGAACGAUGCCACUGCCCAGGCCUUCCUGGCUGAAGCCUCGGUCAUGACGCAACUUCGGCAUAGCAACCUGGUACAGCUUCUGGGCGUGAUUGUGGAAGAGAAGGGCGGACUCUACAUCGUCACCGAGUACAUGGCCAAGGGGAGCCUGGUGGAUUAUCUUCGGUCACGGGGUCGGUCGGUGCUGGGCGGAGACUGUCUCCUCAAGUUCUCACUAGACGUUUGCGAGGCUAUGGAAUACCUGGAAAGCAACAACUUUGUGCACCGGGACCUGGCUGCCCGAAAUGUGCUGGUGUCUGAGGACAACGUGGCCAAGGUCAGCGACUUUGGCCUCACCAAGGAGGCCUCCAGCACCCAGGACACAGGCAAGCUGCCAGUCAAGUGGACAGCCCCCGAAGCCCUGAGAGAGAAGAAAUUCUCCACCAAGUCUGACGUGUGGAGUUUCGGAAUCCUUCUCUGGGAAAUCUACUCCUUUGGGCGAGUGCCUUAUCCAAGAAUUCCCCUGAAGGACGUCGUCCCUCGGGUAGAGAAGGGCUACAAGAUGGAUGCCCCUGACGGCUGCCCGCCUGCAGUCUACGAGGUGAUGAAGAACUGCUGGCAGCUGGACGCCGCCGCACGGCCCUCCUUCCUGCAGCUCCGAGAGCAGCUCGAGCACAUCAAGACCCACGAGCUGCACCUGUGACGUCUGGGCUCGCACAGGUCAUGGGCCUCUGGGGACUCAACCUGAGAGACUGGACCUCGUGCCCCUACUCACUGGGCCUAACCGGAACUGAGCCCAGUGGACCUCUUUCCUCUGCCCCAGCCUGUGCCCCCCCGGCCCCUCAGGGACCCCGCCUAGGCCCGGCACCUCUCAUGGACCCACCUGUGGGAUUUGGGGAGUCCCGCUGAAGGCCAAGAAGAGAGGAGGGUGAGGAGCAGGAGGCAGAUGCCCCACCAUGGUCAGGCUUCCCUGGCCUCCCAUCUCUCACCUUCCUCGAGUUUUAUUCCUUUCCUUUUUUGAGGUUCUUUUCCAUGUGCUUAUUUUUUAUUAUUUUUCACAAUAAGAAGAAAGAAAGUACCCAGGAAAUGGGCAUUUUACAAGAAGUACGAAUCUUAUUUUUCCUGUCCUGCCCAGGGUUGGGGAAACCAGGCCCAUCUCCAGGGACCCAUCGCCCCAGCCUCGUUCCCCGUUCCGUGUUCUGUGUCGCCUCGGUCGCCCUGUGUUUGCGCUUGACCAUGUUGCACUGUUUGCAUGCGCCCGAGGCGGACGUCUGUCAGGGGCUUGGAGCUUGUGUGUGCUGCUGCCGCCUGCCUUGUGAGAUAGAAUUGUAAUAAACCACUCCAUGAGGACACCA